AUGCCUAUCACAGGCGUUUACUUCAUCCCCUCAAACCCAAACGCGUCAACAGCCCUCCAAAUAAUAACAGAGCGCCUCCGCGCCGUCUUCCCAAAUGAAGAACUAACCCCAAUCGGCCGCUGGGGACUGGAACAAAAGCUCCUCCGCGACACCCCAGGUUUACUCCCCUCUUCAACCUCAAACAAAAAACCCCCAAACCCACGCUACAUGCAAUUCCUCUCAUUAACCCACUACCCAACCCACGGCUUCAUCUACACCUCGGAGCCAGAGAAACCCGCUCCAGCGCCAACCCAAAACCAAAACCAAGCCGCGCCUGCUCCUGUAAAUGCAAUCGCACCAGACCACUCCCCCUCCCCACCAAUGGUCAUGACUACUAUCCCCCCUUCCUCGUACGGAACCCUCUUCCAGCACUUCACCUACGCUUGCCAGUCCAUCUGGAGCCACCGGUUCACGCUUGCUGUCCCGAACGGGAUCGUAUAUGAGGUUGGUGACUUCCGUGUGCGUCUUGGUGAUGUGCGGCAGACGUUCCCGACGGCGCGGGUGCGUGGUACGAUUGUUGAGAUUGAGUGGCGUGGUCCGUCGGUUGUGGAGGCUAUUCCUGUGGAUCGGGAGGAUGGAUCGUUUAGUGCUGGUGUUGGUACUGCGGGUGAUGGUGAUGUGGAUGUUGAAAUUACGGGUAUCGACCUCGCUAGUUCUGCCAUUGAGGAAUCCGAUAUCGAUGCUGAGUAUGCGGCGACUGCGUCGCUGAUUCGGGAGUUUUGGGGGAGAUUGGGCGUUGAGGCUCGGGAGGCGAUUCUUAUUCCGAAUGUUGGGAUGGAGGUUAAGGAUCGGUUGAGGAGGUGGAAGAAGGCUGGGUCUGGGGUUGAUACUAGUGUUGAUGGGGCUGACUCGGUGGUUGGUGAACGUGCUGAUGAAGAUCCUGAUCCGUGGUCUGGGGCGGAUGUUGCGAGGCAGUUUAUGGAGGUUUUGAGGUUUAAUCGAUAG